CAGCUUUAGCAUUUGUCUGCAACGAUUCCAUGGCAAUCAACAUAAUGUCUAUCUUGGCCUUUUAAGACAACUCAAAAGCCAUUCCAUAAUCGGCAACACCUCAGCUCAGCUCAGCUGCCAGCCUCUCUUCUUUAUCUCAUAAACUUCAAGACCCAUCUUUGAGAGCCCCCACAACUGCAAGUGUCAGAAAUUGAAUUAAUAAAUCGAGAAUGAAUCAACCAAAAAUCAAGCGUCGAGUGGGUAAAUAUGAGGUGGGAAGGACAAUUGGUGAGGGAACAUUUGCAAAAGUGAAGUUUGCUAGAAAUUCUGAUACUGGGGAACCUGUAGCUCUCAAGAUUAUUGACAAAGAGAAGGUUCUCAAACACAAGAUGGCUGAACAGAUUAAACGGGAAAUAGCAACAAUGAAGCUGAUUAAGCAUCCAAAUGUUGUUCGGUUAUUUGAGGUAAUGGGGAGUAAGACAAAGAUAUUUAUAGUUAUGGAGUUCGUUACCGGUGGGGAGCUCUUUGACAAAAUUGUAAACAAUGGACGGAUGAGAGAAGAUGAAGCACGGAGAUACUUCCAACAGCUUAUUAAUGCUGUUGAUUACUGCCAUAGCAGAGGUGUCUAUCAUAGAGAUCUGAAGCCAGAAAAUUUGCUAUUGGAUACAUAUGGGAACCUUAAGGUUUCAGAUUUUGGAUUGAGUGCACUGUCCCAACAAGUCAGGGAUGACGGCUUGCUUCACACUACAUGUGGAACUCCAAAUUAUGUUGCUCCUGAGGUCCUUAAUGAUAGAGGCUAUGAUGGGGCAACUGCGGACAUGUGGUCAUGUGGAGUGAUACUCUUUGUAUUGCUUGCAGGUUACUUGCCUUUUGAUGAUUCUAAUCUUAUGACCCUGUAUAAAAAAAUCUCAGCAGCUGAAUUCACUUGCCCCCCUUGGCUCUCUUUUGGUGCCAUGAAGUUAAUAGCUCGAAUUUUGGAUCCCAAUCCUAUGACUCGUAUCACUAUUGCUGAAAUUCUUGAAGAUGAAUGGUUCAAGAAGGAUUACAAGUCACUUGUGUUUGAGGAGAAAGAAGAUACAAACUUGGAUGAUGUAGAAGCUGUUUUUAAGGAUUCAGAAGAGCACCAUGUGACAGAAAAGAAGGAAGAACAACCAGCAGCUAUGAAUGCAUUUGAGUUAAUUUCAAUGUCGAAGGGGCUUAACCUGGGGAAUUUGUUUGAUGUAGAACAGGAAUUUAAGAGAGAAACAAGGUUCACAUCCAAAUGCCCUGCCAAUGAGAUAAUUCAUAAAAUUGAAGAAGCUGCAAAGCCUCUUGGUUUUGACGUACAUAAAAAAAACUACAAGCUGAGGCUUGAAAACAUGAAAGCUGGAAGAAAGGGAAACCUUAAUGUUGCCACAGAGGUAUUUCAAGUGGCACCUUCUCUUCACAUGGUUGAGGUGCGAAAAGCCAAAGGGGACACCUUGGAGUUCCACAAGUUCUAUAAGAACCUCUCUACAUGCCUGGAGGAUGUUGUUUGGAAGACUGAGGAGGAUAUGCAAAAAGUGAAGUAAAAUCAGCGUUAUAUUUCAACAAAUUUUGCCAUGAUGGUACAUCGCCAGUAAUGUUGGUGCUUUAUGUCAACAUUCUUUCUUUUGUUUUUCUUUUUUCUUGAGGGGCAUUUUCUACCCCCCAUUCGAUAGAUUUAGACAGACAUCCAUUGACCUUAUGGUUUCUGUGCUAUUAAUGUCGGAAAGCAUAGAAAAUAUACUUAGAGCUGCAAAUAUGUGAGAUGGAUGUUGAUAGUUUCUCUGCUGCUUGAGGGUGUAGAUUAGAAGACAUUAUGUACACUUCAUUACUAUCUAUUGGCAAUACAGUAUGACUUUAGAUGCA